AUGCCGGCCCUCCUGCUCCUCGGGACCCUCCUGCUCCUGGCCUCGACUACCGGCCAGGCUGGGGCGCGCCCGUCCAACGCCACAAGCACCGAACCCCCGGGCCCGCUGCCCGCCCUGCUGGCGCACCUGCGGCGCCUGACCGGGGCGCUGACCGGCGGCGGGGGCGCGGCGGGCCCGGGGGCCAACGGCACCAGGACCAGCACCCCGAGCUCGGCCGGCGCGGCGGCACGGGCGCCCCCUCCUGCCGAGCUCUGCCACGGCUACUACGAUGUCAUGGGCCAGUACGACGCCACCUUCAACUGCAGCACUGGCUCCUACCGCUUCUGCUGCGGCACCUGCCACUACCGCUUCUGCUGCGAGCACCGCCACAUGCGCCUGGCGCAGGCCUCCUGCUCCAACUACGACACGCCGCGCUGGGCCACCACGCCGCCGCCACUGGCCGGGGGCGCCGGGGGCGCCGGGGGUGCGGGCGGGGGACCCGGGCCCGGCCAGGCCGGGUGGCUGGAAGGGGGCCGGGCGGGUGGCGCCGGGGCGCGUGGGGGCGAGGGCCCAGGGGGCAGCACGGCCUACGUGGUGUGCGGGGUCAUCAGCUUCGCCCUGGCCGUGGGCGUCGGCGCCAAAGUGGCCUUCAGCAAGGCGUCCCGUGCGCCCAGGGCCCACCGGGAGAUCAACGUACCCAGGGCUCUGGUGGACAUUCUGAGGCAUCAGACGGGGCCUGGGACCCGCCCGGACCGGGCACGAAGCAGCUCCCUAACCCCGGGGGUCGGGGGUCCAGACAGCAUGCCCCCGAGGACGCCCAAGAACCUCUACAACACCGUUAAGCCCUCCAAUCUCGAUAAUCUGCACCACAACUACCUGCACCUCAACGUCAACAGCCCCAAACACCAUGCUGCCACUCUGGACUGGCGGGCCAUUCCGCCGCCCAGCCCCUCCUUGCACUACUCCACGCUGUCCUGCUCUCGGUCCUUCCACAACCUCUCGCAUCUGCCCCCGUCCUACGAGGCCGCUGUGAAAUCUGAACUCAACCGCUACUCCUCCCUCAAGAGGCUGGCCGAGAAGGAUCUGGACGAGGCCUACCUGAAGCGCCGGCACCUGGCGGAGGUGCCCCGCGGGACGCUGCCCCUGCAUGCGCUGCGGCGACCUGGCACAGGCGGCGGCUAUCGCAUGGAUGGCUGGGGUGGCCCCGAGGAGCUGGGCCUGGCGCCCGCGCCCAACCCACGGCGCGUCAUGUCCCAGGAGCACCUACUGGGCGACGGGGGCCGGGCACGCUAUGAGUUCACACUGCCACGCGCGCGCCUCGUGUCACAGGAGCACCUGCUCCUGUCGUCCCCCGAGGCCCUGCGCCAGAGCCGCGAGCACUUGCUGUCACCCCCGCGCAGCCCCGCGCUGCCCCCCGAGCCCGCCGCCCGCGCCAGCCUGGCCGCCUCCCACUCCAACCUGCUGCUGGGGCCUGGGGGGCCCCCCACACCGCUGCACGGGCUGCCCCCGCCGCCCGGCCUGCACGCGCACCACCACCACCACGGCCUGCACGGCUCGCCGCAGCCCGCCUGGAUGUCAGACACCGGCGGAGGUGGGGGCACGCUGGCCCGCAGGCCGCCCUUCCAGCGCCAGGGCACGCUGGAGCAGCUGCAGUUCAUCCCCGGCCAUCACCUGCCCCAACACCUCCGCACUGCCAGCAAGAAUGAGGUGACUGUCUGAGUGUCUGAGGUCGGGCCAGGGGCUUGGGGGCUGCAGCCUGGGGCCCCCAUCCCAGCCUGCAUCCCCCAACACACUCCAGGGGCCUGGGACCAGAUCUGCAGUGGCCGGGAGGGCUGCCUCCAAGGACACUGUUUUGGAUGAAAUCAUCACCAGACACAAAGCUUCCUUCUGCGAUGUCACGGCAGAUGAGACCCCUCCUCCUAUGUCACAGUUUGAGGCAGGACCUCCUUCCCAUGACGUCAUCACAGAGGAAGAGGCCUGUAUGUGAGGUCAUCACUAGCGAAAAUGUCUUUGUUCAUCACAGGGACAAAACCUCCUUACCAUGAGGUCAUCACAGAGGAAAAGGCCCACCCUUAAGGUCAUCACUAGAGGCCAUGUCUAUGCUCCAUGGUGUCAUCACACAGACGUCCCUCCUGUGAUGUCAUAAGAGGAACAAUGCCUUUGUCCUAUGACAUCAUCCCUAGAGACAGAGUCCUUCCUAUGAUGUCACUGCAUAGAUAAAUCUCAUCCUUAUGAUGUCAUCUCUGGCACCAAAAGGCCUCUUUUGACAUCAUCAUCACCAGGAAAAUAUUUUCUUCCAAAGAAGAUGCCUUUGUC